AAUCUAUCUGUACAGUUUUGAGUUUGUGGAAAAAAAGCCUUAAAAGUAAUUGAAUUAAAAAUCAAAUAAAUUGUAAAUUUAAGUAACAAAACAACAAGUGUGUAAAAUUUAUCAUUACAACAAGUGACAUUACAAAAAAAGAGUGAUCGAUAUGGAAGCUCCAGAAUUUCGUGAUUUUGCCAAAAACAUGGUUGAUUAUAUAGCUGAUUAUUUGGAAAACAUUAGAGACCGUCGUGUUUUGCCCGAUGUUAAGCCUGGCUAUUUGCGUCCCCUCAUACCCGAGACAGCUCCCGAAAAACCCGAUACUUGGGAAGAUGUUAUGAAAGAUAUUGAACGUGUUAUCAUGCCGGGUGUAACACACUGGCAUAGUCCUAAGUUUCAUGCCUAUUUUCCCACCGCCAAUUCGUAUCCAGCUAUAGUGGCUGAUAUGUUGAGCGGUGCUAUAGCCUGCAUAGGUUUUACCUGGAUUGCCAGUCCAGCUUGCACAGAAUUGGAGGUGGUUAUGUUAGAUUGGUUGGGUAAAAUGUUGGAAUUGCCCAAGGAAUUUUUGGCUUGUUCUGGUGGCAAGGGAGGCGGUGUUAUACAGGGAACUGCUAGUGAAGCUACAUUGGUGGCUUUAUUGGGUGCUAAGGCCAAGAAAAUGCAAGAAGUCAAGAAAGAACAUCCUGACUGGGAUGACAAUACCAUUAUUUCCAAAUUGGUGGGCUACAAUUCAGCUCAGGCUCACUCCUCGGUGGAACGUGCUGGUCUAUUGGGUGGCAUUAAAUUGAGAUCGGUGCCGGCCGAUGAAAAUAAUAGCUUAAGAGGUGAUGCUUUGGAGGCAGCCAUUAAGAAGGAUUUGGAGGAUGGUUUGAUACCAUUUUAUGCUGUGGUUACUUUGGGUACCACCAAUUCAUGUGCUUUCGAUCGUUUGGAUGAGUGCGGUGUAGUGGGUAAUAAAUAUAAUGUUUGGAUUCAUGUUGAUGCGGCCUAUGCUGGUUCCGCUUUCAUUUGCCCCGAAUACCGACAUUUAAUGAAGGGCAUCGAAACAGCCGACUCCUUCAAUUUCAAUCCCCAUAAAUGGAUGUUGGUCAACUUUGAUUGCAGUGCCAUGUGGCUGAAAGAUCCCAGUUGGGUAGUGAAUGCCUUCAAUGUUGAUCCCUUGUACUUGAAGCAUGAUAUGCAAGGUUCCGCGCCCGACUACAGACAUUGGCAAAUACCUUUGGGACGCCGUUUCAGAGCCUUAAAAUUGUGGUUUGUUUUGCGUCUGUAUGGUGUGGAAAAUAUUCAAGCUCACAUACGUCGUCAUUGCAAUUUCGCCAAACAAUUCGCAGAACUUUGCAAAGCCGACGAACGUUUCGAAAUUGUGGGUGAAGUUAACAUGGGACUGGUAUGUUUCCGUUUGAAGGGCCCCAACGAAUUGAGUGAGACCUUACUAAAACGCAUUAAUGGUCGUGGCAACAUACACAUGGUACCGGCCAAAAUAAACGAUGUUUACUUUUUGCGCAUGGCCGUUUGUUCUCGUUUCACCCAAACCGAAGAUAUGGAAUACUCCUGGAAAGAAGUAAGUGCUGCCGCUGACGAAGUACUUAAGCAGUAAACUGAUGACAAGUUGUAUGAGAGAAUGUCAACGACAGUAUUUUUUCAUUUUGUAAAGAUUUUAAAUGUGUUACUGCUGUUAGUUUUAAUUUCGAAACUCUGUGGGACCAUUGCAACAUAUUUAGGGAAUUAUAUGUGCUUCAAUAGAUAAGAUAAAUAAUAUAUUUUAUUAGUUUUUAAGCUGUUAAAUAAUUGUAUUAAAUUAAUGUAAACUUAUAUAAAUGUUGUUGAUUAGUUUAAAUGGGACACCUUUUAAAUUAUCCUAUAUUUACUUAAUAAUUUAAUAAACAAAUUUAAAAUACUCUCAAA